CGCUUCAACUACCGAGAAACGGACUGGGAGAAGUUCAGCGCUCAACUCCAGGAACGGCCACAGAAGAUCCCACCUCCAACUAUUCUUACCAACAUAGAUGACUUCCAAGCCGCGGCGAAAGCGCUAUCAUCUACCCUUCAAGAAACCGUCGAGGAGAACGUACCUAAAUCCAGACCGAAUCCCCACGCAAAGCAGUGGUGGACGCGAGAGAUUUCAGAGAUGCUCAAGGAGAAACACAAG